AUGGAGUCCAUUGCGACGGCCGGCGACGACGGCAGCGGGAAGGGCGCGAGCGAGGGAGGCGUCGACAGCGAUCUGGUGCUGCUGCUUUUGACGCUGCACGACGCGAUGAAGCGCAUCGCGGUCACCGUGAGCCGCCUCAACAUCGAAACCGCCAUGGGAGCGAGGCUGAGCGGCGUCAGCGGCAGCAAGAACGAGUCGGGCGACGCGCAGAAACCGCUCGACAUUGUGUCAAACGACAUCAUCAAGGCGACGCUGGCAGCAUCGCGGCUGGUGUCUGUAGCGGCAUCAGAGGAGGACAACGACGUGGUGGAGCUGACUCCUGGCGCGCCGUACGCAGCCGUGUUCGACCCACUGGACGGCAGCAGGAACAUCGACGCUGGCAUCCCCACCGGCACCAUCUGGGGCCUCUACCGCUCCCCGCCUGCUGCCGCUGCUGCUGCUGCUGCUGCUGACGCUUCUGCUGCUUCCUCUGCGGCUGCUGCGGUGCUGCAGCCGGGGCGCGCGCUGGUGGCGGGUGGGUAUGUGCUGUACUCGUCUGCGGUGGUGGCGGUGCUGACGGUGGGGCAAGGCACGCACGCGUUCACGCUGGAUGAGAGCACGGGCGAGUGGCUGCUCACUGCCCGUGACAUGCGCAUUCCCACCCGAGGCCAAAUCUACUCGGUGAACGACGCGCGCUACUUUGACUGGCCGGCCGGCCUGCGGCGCUACAUCGACGCCAUCCGGCAGGGCAAGGGGCAGUCGGGCAAGAAGUACUCAGCGCGCUACAUCUGUUCCCUCGUAGGCGACUUCCACCGCACACUCCUCUACGGCGGCGUUGCCAUGAACCCCCGCUCGCACCUGCGCCUGCUGUACGAAGCCAACCCGCUCGCUUUCCUCGCGGAGCAGGCCGGGGGGAAGGGCAGCGAUGGCGUGAGGAGGAUUCUGGAUAUCAAGCCGUCAGGGAAGCUGCACGAGCGGUUGCCGCUGUUCCUGGGCAGUCCCGAGGAUAUUGAUGAGCUGGUGGGGUAUGGGGACGUGCAGCAGGUGGUUAACCCGGGCUGGGGGGGUUUCACAGUGAGAGGGGGGCGGGGAGGAUUUCACAACCGAGGCAUGGAGGAGAGAGAGGCAGACGGCGCGUCGGUUUCCAGGUUGGAUGUGGGGCGCGACGGCGAGGGUGGCGGAGCGGUGGGGAGGGGAGCGGAAGGGAGAGGUGCGGAUGAUGGUGGUUCCGCGCGAGGUGCCGUGGAUGCGGAUGAUGGCGUCUCCGCCGCCGCCGCCGCCGCCGCCGCCGACGACGACGACGACGACGACGACGACGACGACGACGACGACGACGACGACGACGAGAUUCCGGACGCCGUGCCGCUCCCCGGGUUUGACGCGGACGUGACGGGGAGCGGAGAAGCGGAGGCGGAGGGGGAGGCGGAGAAAGGGGACGUUGCCGCGGGGCUGGACGGCGCAAGGCGACGAGAGGGGGAAGGGGAAGGAGAACCGAGGGUGGCAUCUCAGGCUGGCGGAGGGGAGGAUCCCGCGGGGAGCAGCGCGCGCGAGGCGGUGCCGAUUACGAUCAUCACGGGGUUCCUAGGAGCCGGCAAGACCACCCUAGUGAACCACAUCCUGUCGCAGAAGCACGGGCUGCGCAUCGCCGUGAUUCUCAACGACUUUGGCGACCGCCUGGGCAUCGAGAAGGCGCUUGUGCACCCCAGCCAGGGGACAGCAGCUCAAACAUCCGCCAACGCUGCUGCUGCUGCUGCUGCUGGUGCUCGCGGUGGUGGUGGUGGUGCAGAGGGCGAGGGGGAUGGGGAGGAGCAGCUGAGUGCGUUGGCGGAGGUGCCGGUGGUGGAGGAGUGGGUGGAGGUGGGCAACGGGUGCAUCUGCUGCAGCGUCAAGCACUCCUUCGUGCUCGCCCUCGAACAGCUGCUCACCUGCAGAGACAGGUUUGACUACGUGCUAUUGGAGACCACGGGGUUGGCGGAUCCAGCGCCCAUAGUCGCCAUGCUCUGGAUGGACGAUGCACUAGAAGCCUCCAUCCGCCUCGACGCCCUCAUCACUCUAGUGGACGCGCGCAACUUCCAGCGCUGCCUGUCCUCCCCCGCCCACAAUCACUCCAGCGACCUGCCUGCAGCCCAAUCGCACCCGGCUGGCUCACAGAAACGGGAAGGGGAGAGGGAGGGGGAGCAAGCGGGGGAUGUGGGCGAGGAGGCGGGGCUGGGUGCGGAGCGGCAGUCAGUGGGGGCGCAUGGGGCGGAGGAGAGGGCGAGGGAGCAGGGGGUGGAGGAUGUUCUGCUGCAGCAAAUCGCGUACGCUGUGAGUGAGAGUGCUGUAAUUAGGGGGCCCACCACAUCCUCCCUCCCCCGGCUCUUCUCCCCCGUCUGUGCUGCAUGCAUGGCAAGGCAGGACGUGGUGAUAGUGAACAAGCUCGACCUGCUGCCGCCACAUGAUCAUCGUGCACCCACACACCCCGAGGCGAGCCCGCAUGAUGCACCGCGCACGGAGGGAGACGCGGGGAGGGAGGCAGCAGGGAGGGAGGCGGCGGCAAGGGAGGUGGUGGGGGCAGUGCGGGGCAUCAAUGCGGGGGCGGAGGUGGUGACGGCAGUGCGCUCGCAGGUGGACGUGCGUGCACUGCUCAACCGCGGCCUCUACAGCGCUCAGAGAGGCCACGACAUCCUCCAUGCAAUGAAGCACCACAUACCCACAACACCAGCACCAGCAGCGUCACCAGCAGAAGCAUCCCCAGGGGCACACGAGCCACAGCAGCCCUACAGUCACGAGCACACAGCCCCGGCCGUGCCUCGCACGCACGCCUCCAUCUCCACCUUCUCCUUCACCUGCUCGGGCGCUGUCCACCUGCAAAAGGUGGAUGAGUGGUUAGGCACGGUGCUGUGGGAGGGGGCGUUACAAUACGGAGACAUCUACCGCAUGAAGGGCGCCAUGCACGUCCAAGGGAGCCCUCUGGUGCACGUCUUCCAGGCAGUGAGGGAGCUGUAUGAGGUGCUGCCAGCGCUGCCAUGGCCGGCCGGGGAGGAGCGCCUCAACCGAGUCCUCGUCGUUGGGAAGUCCCUCAACACAUCAGCGCUGGAGCAAGGCUUCAAGGCAUGUAUUGCUCUAUGA